AUGGGAAUCAACACCUACCAGACCUCUGCGGCUUCGGAUCCAACGGAAAGACCGUUGAUCGUUUAUCGCCCCGCCCCUCCCGAGACCGCCCCUCCCUGGGAUGCGAGGUGUCACGUGGCCCUGCGGCCCCGCCCCCUUUCCCGCGCGCGGUCCCGGUGCGGCGGGCAGCCAUGGCGGGGCGCGGGGCUGCGGAACGCGUGCUCCCCGCUCUGCCCCGCCUGCAGCCGCUUUCCACGGCCCGGCGCCCACCCGCGCCGUGGUUCAAGGACCUCCAGGCUGCCGCCGGGACGGCUCCGGGCUGGCGGCGGGGCCGCCCCGAGCGGCAGCUUUCGGCCCCGGGCCUCAGCCGCCCGGUCGCUCACAGAAGCUACGGGAGAUGCUGGUGGGAGCGGAGCUGAGGGGCCGGCGGGCCCCCACUUUCGCCGCGACCGCCCCGACCUCCUCGUCCACCUGAAGCGCCUGACGAAAGGCAACAAGGCGAAGAUGGCAGCGGGCCUGGAUGUGACCAGCCGCCCACCCAACCGCUUCCAGCGCUUGCUCGGCACGCCACUGAACGGGCAGCCGCUGCCUCCGCCCUCGACGCUCAGCAGGCCUGGUGAGUCGGAGUGGGCCGUGUGGGGCCUUGGUGGGUUUUUGAGAAGCGCUGGGUGGCAUGGGAUUUGAAAAUCAGCACUCCCCUGAGGGAGAAGGGUUACC